AUGGAUACGGUGUACUACAGCCCCACGAGUAUAGAGGUGUCGGUGGAAGGACGUUAUGAACCACACAUAAUUUGGUUCAUUGGAGGACAGGCGUACAGUUCUCAAGAUAAUCCCCAUUUGACCCCAACAAUUUCAUCGGUAUGGUCUGGGUCCAAAAAGACCUUUAAUCUGGCGUUCAAUAUGAGUGGGUUUGAAACAUCUAUGUCGCCGUUCACAGUUCGAGGGACAGUGUCUUUCGGAGACGCCACUGAUCCAACCUUCGACACGGUGACAACCAACAUCUACAAGAGAGAGUUUGUUGAGAGCCUUCCAGCCUCAACAAUAUUCCGCAACGCUGACAUCCCGAAAGCAUUCUUGUGCUCUGCUUCGGGUGAAGACAAGGAAUUACUUACGUUGUCUUGGAAGAUAGGAGAUGUACUAGUAGAUGAUGAGGUAGAGCACGUGACCCUAACAGAUGAGUCAGACAGCAGCUCAACCACCACCAAGAUCAGCAAGUUGACAAUAACAACCAACAAACCAACUUUCAACGCUCAGUUCAAAUGUAUUGCUACCUGGAGUGGCGUAAAUGGAAAGUCAAUCGAGUCGACGACUGACGUUAACGCUGUCGGAGUAGCAGUGGAUGAGAACACGUUCAGCACCGGUUCCUCUGGAGACGGAGUAAUAAGUUGUGUGGUGUGGGGUGAUUCACCCCCAUAUUCUGUCACGUGGUCUAACGAAAGGGAAAAAGCUAUCACCAACCAACCUGAUGAGACAGAAAUUGCAGACAGUAUAACAGAAGGCAUUACUUACACCCACACGCUCACUGUUAAGAAGAUGACGUUUGGGGAUCAAGGAAAAUACACCUGCUCAGUUGUGUUUGUGGAAAACGAAACCCUCGUUAAUGUCGUCACAACUCUUAUCAAGCUUUCUGCAAGGUUCGAACCAGCAACACCAUAUUUCGUCCACGAGAAAACUGUCCAGUUCUCCUGCGUGUACAACGGUUUGGAUGACCCACAGAAGAUCGAAUGGUUCAGGAGUUCAACAGACGAUGCUGAAACCCUAAUCAGCAACAGUGAUGCUAAGUACACCAUUGCCACUGGCAACUUCAACAAGGCCUCCAGAACGAAGACUAGCGUUAUCACUGUAGAGAAUGUUGAAGUUACUGACAGUGGUGACUACACCUGCAAAUGGACCACCUGCAAACUUCAAUCCUAAGUCAACAAUGGUAGUCUCUGUUCGAUUGCUGACUACUCCCUCUACAACGGUAAACAGCACUGACGGGUCAAUAAAGAUCACGUGCAACUACGAGGGUACAACGAGUGGCACCAUGGAGUGGUACUAUAAUAGCCAGAAACUGGAUGAUGCAGCUAAUGAUGCCAUCACCAUCAACCCUGGUUCCCUGCUGAGCAAUGCUCAGCAGUACACUCUGACAAUUACUGACGUUACUCCUCCUGACAAUGCGGGGUUUUACAGCUGUGUUCUGUCGUUCACAGACGGGGACAGUCUGCGU